GGGUGGAGGAGAGGUCGAUGCUUGAGGAAGAGGUAUACGGAGUCGCUGCAGAAGCACGGGAAAGCAGCCGCGAUUUUCUAGGGGCGCCACGACGGAGGGAGGGAACAGUGUUUUUUCUGGCGGUCCCGGGGCGAAACUUUUUCGGGGGGGGCUACGCAUGCAACGUACUCGUCGCGUUUUAAUUGAAUUUGGUUCGAUCGCUUGAACCCGGAAGAGCGUGGGGGGCGAGCCGAACUGUGCGAAGAGUGUGUCCUCGUAUUUGUAUAUUUGAGCGCGAGGUAGGUGAAUGGUUUGGCUGCGAGGUAAUCGACGCUGGACGACCAUGAUUGGGUGAUUGGGUUUCCGCUCCUCGAGUCGCCAGGAAGGAGUGCGCGGGCGCACGGGGACGUGUGUGUCAAGGGAGAGAGAGAGAGAGAAGGUUGUGCAGGGAAGUAUCGUGCUAUUCUUUCACUCUCUCCCCCAUACUCCUUUCGCUCUCUUGUGUUCAUCAACCGUGAGUCGCCGGCGUUAUGGAUGCUUCCACGUGGUGCACGACGCGAGGUGGUCUUCUGACCUGGCUUCUGCUCACCUUGGUGUGGACCUGCGGAGCAGCAAGCGGCGGUAAUGACACCACGGUGCUGGUCACCGAAACCGGAACCACGGUUGCGGCGCCCAAAUUCGGCGCCGGAUUGACGACGUUCGACGAUACGUUUCUCUACCUGCAAGAUGAGAACAGCCAGGACUUGAAGGAUAACGUCAUUCAAGUCGGAGGUCUGUUCGAGACCAAGGAGGAUGCCAUCUUGUUCCAAGCAGCCGUAGACGUCAUCAAUGAAGAUUCAAGUAUAAACAUGGAGCCCGACUUGGUUCCGCUUGUCGAGCUGCUGCCGGAAGACGACAGCUACGAAGCGGUCAGGGACACGUGCCGGCUCCUGCUGCGGGGUGUGGGAGCCGUCUUCGGUCCCAUGUCGUCGGUGAGCGGCGAGCACGUGAGUGACGUGUGCAACAGCCUGAACGUGCCGCACCUGGAGACCCGCUGGGACCCGGCUCAGGAGGCGUACGACGACUCUCUGAACCUGUUCCCGGACCCCGCCGUACUGGCCGAAGCGUACGUCGCCCUGAUGAGCCACUGGCAGUGGCGUUCAGUGGCCAUCGUUUACGAGGAGGACGAAGAGGUAGCCGAGAUGAAGGGCCUGCUCGAGGAGCUGCGCGAGGCGGACAUCGACGCCGACCACUACGCGCGCAACUCGACGGACUCGUUCCGCGACGUGCUCAAGCGCGUUCGCGAGGACGGCCACACGCACAUAUUCGUCGCCAUCGAGGAGGAGGACACCGAACCUUUCCUCAUGCAGGCUAUGCAGAUCGAGAUGCUCAACGACGAGUACAGCUACCUUUUUCGCUCCCUGUGUGCAGCUUGCUGGGGCACGGUCAUCGCGGGCAUCUUCGGGCCGUCGUCAGACGUGACCAGCAUGCACGUGCAGUCCAUCUGCGACGCGCUGGACGUGCCGCACAUCGAGAUGCGCUGGGACUUCCAGCUGCAGCGGGACGACCUCUCCAUCAACCUCUUCCCCAAGCCCGCGGUGCUGGCCAAGGCGUACGUAGACCUCAUCAAGACAUGGGGCUGGAACAGGUUCGCCCUCGUCUACGAGGACCACGAAGCGCUCUAG